ACUGAAGUUGAUUUUUUUCCCCCUUUUAGUUGUAGAAUGGCUGGAAAGCAUUCGAUUUCAGAGUUCUACAAUGGCAGGAGCAUCUUCAUCACUGGGGCCACUGGAUUUAUGGGAAAAGCCCUUCUAGAAAAGCUUUUGAGAGGAUGCCCUGGAAUAAAGAAUGUUUACAUUCUGGUCAGACCAAAGAGGGGGAAAGAUGUCAAUCAGAGACUCGAGGAACUCCUUAGUUCCAAGCUGUUUGAGAAGCUCCAGAGACAGAACCCAGAUUACGCUAAAAAGGUUGUAGCAGUGACGGGGGACAUUCUCCAUGAAAACCUCGGGGUCAGUCAGAGGGACGAGGAGAUGGUGAUCAACAACGUCUCUGUUGUCUUCCACUCAGCGGCCACGGUCAAGUUUGAUGAGGAGAUGAAAUUAUCAGUAGAAAUGAAUGUGGUAGGAGUCAACAGAAUGAUUCAGUUUUGUAAGAAAAUCAAGAACUUAGAGGCACUCUUACAUGUUUCAACAGCAUAUUGCAAUUGCAAUGUAAAACACAUUGAAGAGAAAGUGUACGAUCCACCAUUAGCACCUCACAAAUUACUGGAUGCAUGCGAAUGGAUGGAUGGUGAUGUUCUAAACACUCUAACACCAAAGAUGGUAGGAGACAGACCAAACACCUAUACUUACACCAAAGCCAUUGCAGAAUAUCUGCUGUACCAAAACAAAGAUGACCUCCCCAUAGUUAUUUUUAGACCCUCCAUUGUGGGGGCUUCCUGGCAAGAACCAGUUCCAGGAUGGGUUGAUAAUUACAAUGGACCAACAGGACUUUUAGCAGCUAUUGGUAAUGGCUUACUGAGGAUCAUGAAGGGUAACUUUUAUGGAACUUCAGAUGUUAUUCCUGUUGACAUUGCUUCUAACAUGAUGAUAGCAGUAGCCUGGGAUACAGUGGUGAACAAGUCAGAUGAGCUACAAGUGUUCCAUUGUACCACUGGACAACUAAACAAGUUUACUUGGGGAAAUAUGGAACGCAUGUCCUAUGAAUAUUUCAUGAAGAAUCCGGUUAACACAGUUGCAAGGAUUCCCAACCCUCGCUUUACAAAGAACUAUGUGUGGCAUGAACUCUGUGUCUUGUUUGACCAUGUCUUACCAGCCUACAUUAUGGACAUGAUGAUGUGGGUCUCCGGUAAACGUCCCAUAUUUGUGAGGAUUCAAGACAAGCUAAGGAAGGCAGUCGGGAGUUUGGAUUACUUCACACAGAAUGAGUGGAUCUUCUCCAACAAAAACUAUCAUGCCCUGUUAGAGAAGAUGUCACCCGAGGACCGAAAAGCUUUCAAUUUCAAUAUAAAAAAUAUCCACUGGCCUACAUACAUGGAGUCCUACUGUUUGGGCAUCAAACGUUUUGUUCUGCGAGAGGAGCUUACAGAGUUGUCAAAAGCUAGACAGACCCUAAAGAGGCUUCAGAGGAUAAACUUUGCAGUGAAUGUGUUUCUGAUCAUAGCUGUGUGGAGACUGUUAAUUAAUCGUGUGUCCGUGGCAAGGAGUCUAUGGAACUUCCUGUUGGGAUGGGCCAUCCGCAUAUUCAAGCGCAUGCCCAAAGUAGUCAAGUCCUCAUGAUGAAAAUCCAUGAAACAUUUUACAAGCAUCUGUGAUAAUCUCUUUAUAAACUUUAACAUUAUAAAACAAAAUCGUAAGCAGUAACUGAUAGGAUUUAAUGGUUAAAUCCUUUGUGUUGAUUUAAUAUAUACUAGUAUAUUACCU